CAUCCGCAUUUUCCUCAUCAGAGCAGUCAUCCGGGAAUAACAAGGGCGAAAAGCGAAGAAAAGAAGCUGCGUGUUGUUUUCUUUAUGCUACUACGAGAAGUCAUGUCGCGCUAUUUUCCCACGAUCAUCUGUCGUUUGGCGAUAAUAUCCGCGCUCCUGCUGACCAGAGAAACGAACAGUCUCCAGGUGAUUGGUGGAAGUGUGACAGUGGUUCAAGGAGGCACUGCUAUCUUACCGUGCCAAAUCAUCCACACUGAUGAUGAUUUAACGCAGAUUACCUGGCAGAGGACAACCAGAGAAAAACCUCAAAAUGACAACUUUAUCACUGUCCAACCAAGGGAAGGACCACGGUUUGUCAAUGGACAUGAUGAUCGAUUUAAAUAUAUCGGGAAUUUUAACAACAAAAAUGCAACUCUCCAGUUAUCCAGUGUUGCAUUGAAGGAUGAAGGCAGCUACACGUGCAUCUUCACAUUGUUUCCCAGUGGAAAUCAGAAGACUGAGAUACCUCUUAUAGUGAUUGUGCCUCCUUUCACACACAUCAAGGACAACCUUCCCACUUUGGGCACAGAAGAGGUUUUAUUUGCUACCUGCACGGCUGCCGGAUCGAAGCCUACUGCUGAGGUGAGGUGGCUCACUGGUGCUUUGGGAGACAAAGUGAGGACGACAACAAACUCCAUCAAGUAUGACAACGAUACGACUACCACAGUCAGCUCUCUGUUUGGCGUACCUAUGAGAGAGAUUAAUGGUCACCAGGUCCAGUGUGUCAUCAGCGGUGACUCCCUGAUUAAAGAAGAAACCCUGCCCUUCACCAUACAGAUCUACUUCUCUCCCACAGAAGUGAACAUUACAGUGAUUUCAGAGGACUCAUUUGAGUGUUUGACAGAAGCCAACCCAAGUGCAAACUUUAUCUGGAGCAGAUCUGGAGAGUCUUUGCUGCAGUCUGCUGUCAGAGUGGAGGGUGCAAAACUACAACUGCUGAGUCUAAACUCCGAUCUAAAUGGCCUCUAUCAGUGUGAAGCAUCUAACGCUUAUGGAAGUAAACAUGGUCGGCUCUAUGUGCAUGUAGCAUCAGGAGCAUGCUCUGCUGCUUGGGCCUUAUUUCUUGUUUUGCUUUUCCUGAAUGUCGUGGGGACGGCAGCAUGGUGCUUUUAUAAAUCUGGACAUUUUCAAAGGUUUUGUUGGCAGAAUUUCUCAGCAAAUGAAGCAGCAGAUGGGAGAGCAGAGCAAGAACAGCAAGGAGAACAUCCUCUGACAGCUGUGGGCGCAUGUAAUGGACCACAUCUGGACUGAAGGCUCCACCAGCGUGUUCCAGGGUCAGCUGGUAGAUGAACAGAUGAACAGGUCGAGGUGCUUUUAUAUUCCUGAAUCAAUUUUUUUAAAAUUCAUAUAUAUGAAUGUUUCUGUCUUGCUGUUACUAUACCUUAUAUUUGCAGUAAUUACAGUAUUUAAAAGCAAAACAUUGUUAAUUGACUCCCACUCUGCGACAGCAUUUUGGAUGUGGCUUUAACUGCCUGUUCCUUUGUUUUCAUGUGUAACAACUGUAAUGGUACUUGUGAUCUGUGCUUGUGUUUCUACCAAGAGUGUGAACUGCUUUCAUCAGAAGCUGUAUUAAUGUAGUUACUAUAAAUUCAUUUGUUUAUUUUCCCCCACCUGAAUAUUAGUAUGUCCCUUCAUUAAGGGUAACAAUGUUAAUGUUACAUUUUAAGUUUACAAUCUAAUGCAAGGACACAAGUUCUGACAUGUCAACCAUUCAUAUGUAACAACAGAUGUAUUACCAGUGAAC